CGGAGCUGGGGCGGGGCCGCCGCCGCCGCCGCCACCCGGGGUCUCGCCGUCCGGCCGGCCAUGGGGGAGGCCGGGCCGGGGGCCGGGCCGGGGCCCCGGGAGACGCCGGAGCCUGAGGAGGACGAGGCGGCGGCGCCGGCGUCGGGCGGCGCACGGUGGGGCCGGGCUGGGCCUCGCGGCGGCAUCCGGGUGCUGAAGAGAAAUGUGAAGCGCAAUGGGAGCAGGAGCUGUUUGAACAGGAGUCGCUUCGGUUCCCGUGAGAGGGACUGGCUGAAGGAGGACGUCAGACGAGGCUGCGUGUAUGUUUAUGGAAGAGAUUCUGCAGCCACUGCUUCUUCAGACUUGCGCUUGGUCCUCUGUACAGUGGACACCCCAGCAUCUGAGAUAUGUGAUGGAGAAGGGAGGAGAAACCUCUUUUUGCAGCUUCAUGGAGACCUGGUCAGGAGGCUGGAGCCCACAGAAAAACCCCUUCAGAUUGUGUAUGACUACUUGGCUGGGUUGGGUUUUGAUGAUCCUGUCAGAAUGCAGGAAGAGGCAGCAAACUCUGAUCUCAGCUGUAUGAUUCGCUUUUACAGUGAAAAGCCAUGUCAAGUGGAACAGUUAGAUCGCAUCCUGCUCUCUGGAGUCUAUAAUGUACGCAAAGGAAAGACCCAGUUGCACAAGUGGGCAGACCGGUUGGUAAUUCUCUGUGGUACGUGCCUCAUUGUGUCCUCUGUGAAAGAUAGCCACACAGGGAAGAUGCACAUCUUGCCUCUCGUUGGAGGGAAGGUGGAAGAGGUGAAACGACGGCAGUACACACUUGCUUUCACAUCUGCUGGAGCACAAGCUCAAACGUACCAUGUUUCCUUUGAAUCACUGGCAGAGUGUCAGCGGUGGCACCGACAGGCGUCCAUGGUUGUGUCUAUGCGACUUGGCAUGGUUGAUCUUUCAUGCUACAGCCUUGAGGAAAUACCUGAGCACCUCUUCUACAGUCAAGACAUCAUCUACCUCAACCUACGACACAAUUUUAUGAGAUCAAGUGGAGCAGGGAGUCUUGACUCUCUUUGCAGGUUUUCUCAGUUGAAGAGCCUGAACCUGUCUCAUAACAGACUGGGAGAGUUUCCUGUAUCACUGUGCGAGAUCUCUACUCUGACGGAGCUUAAUAUUUCCCGUAAUGGACUUCAUUACUUGCCAAGCCAGAUUGGCAAACUGUUGAAUCUCCAGACCUUCUGGCUUGAUGGGAAUUUCCUCACAUCCUUACCAGAAGAACUGGGAAGUCUGCAACAGCUCAGCUGUCUUGGGCUUUCCUUCAAUAACUUUUGUGAACUGCCAGCAAUUUGUGAGAAACUUGUCAUCUUAGAUAAACUAGCCCUGGCAGGGAACUCACUAGAGACCCUGGAUCUUGCAGCACUGAACCGUAUGAGUCACAUCAAAAGUGUGGACCUGAGGCUGAACAACCUGAAGAGAGCAGCAGCUGACACUCUGGAGGGGAACAAAUCUGUGACUUACAUGGAUUUACGAGACAAUCAGAUGACAGAUCUGGAUCUGAGCUCCUUGGGCAGCCUGGAGCAGCUGCACUGUGAGCGGAAUAAGCUGAAAGAGUUGACGCUGAGUGGCUUCUCCCUUCGGGCCCUCUAUGCCAACAGCAACUGUCUGACAGCUGUCAACAUUUAUCCGGUUCCUGGUCAACUGACAUGUCUAGAACUCUCUCACAAUCAACUGCAGUGUGUCCCGGACUGGGCCUGUGAAGCAAAGAAACUGGAAGUUUUGGACAUGAGCUACAACCUCCUUGUGGAGCUUCCAUCAAGGAUCCUCAGCAGCUUGAGCCUUCGGAAGUUGAUGGUGGGGCACAAUCGUCUGCAGAGCCUUCCACGUCUUCUAGAACACGUUCCACUGGAGGUGCUGGACCUUCAGCACAACCUGUUGACUCAACUCCCAGAGAUGCUCUUUGUCAAGGCUCUGAACCUCAGGUACCUGAAUGCAUCUGCAAACAGCCUGGAGUCCUUGCCCUCUGCAUGUACAGGGGAGGAGAGUCUGAGCAUGCUGCAGCUGCUUUACUUGACCAAUAAUAACCUCACAGAUCAAUGCAUCCCUGUCUUGGUGGGACACCCAAGCCUACGGAUCCUGCAUCUGGCAAACAACAACCUACAGACUUUCCCUGCAAGCAAACUCAGUAAGCUGGAGCACUUGGAAGAGCUGAAUCUGAGUGGCAACAAACUGAAAACAAUUCCCACAACAGUGGCAAACUGCAAGCUACUUCAUACGCUCAUUGCACACUCCAAUGAAAUCAGCAUCUUUCCAGAGAUCCUGCAUUUGCCCUGUAUUCAGUUUGUGGACUUGAGCUGCAAUGAGUUAACUGAAAUCCUAAUCCCUGAGGCACUGCCAGGUGCCUUACAAGAGUUGGACCUGAGCGGGAACACAAACCUGGUGCUAGAACACAAGACACUGGACAUCUUCAGUCACAUUACCACACUGAAGAUUGAUGCUAAGCCCUCCCUCACGGCAGACUCAGCACUCACUUCUACCUUCUGGAGUCACGGAGUAGCUGAGUUGGCGGGCCAAAGAAAUAAGCUGUGUGUGUCAUCCCUGGCACUGGGGAGCUUUGCAGAAGGGGUGGAGGCUGUGUAUGGCAUGUUUGAUGGUGAUAAGAAUGAGGAGCUGCCACGCUUGCUGCAGUGCACCAUGGCCGAUGUGCUCCUGGAGGAGGUACAGCAGUCAGACACCAUGUUCAUGUCCAACACCUUCUUGGUCUCCCACAGGAAGCUGGGCAUGGCUGGGCAGAAGCUGGGUUCCUCUGCUGUCCUUUGCUAUAUUCGUCAUGAUGUGGCUGAUCCAGCCAGCAAUUUUUGUCUGACGGUGGCCAACGUGGGGACGUGCCAAGCCAUUCUGUGCCGAAGUGGAAAACCACUGCCUCUCUGCAGAGUCUUCAGCCUUGAACAAUGUUCAGAAGAAGUCAAGAGAGUCAAGGAGCAAAAAGCCAUUAUAACAGAGGACAAUAAGGUCAAUGGUGUGACUUGCUGCACUCGGAUGCUGGGCUGCACAUACCUGCAUCCUUGGAUCCUGCCUAAACCACAUGUCAGUUCCAUUCCACUGACUGUACAAGAUGAGCUGCUACUUCUAGGGAACAAAGCUCUCUGGGAACACCUCUCUUACACUGAGGCUGUCUCAGCCGUGCGCCACCUACACGACCCACUAGCUGCUGCGAAGAAACUCUGCACUUUAGCCCAAAGCUAUGGUUGCCAAGACAAUGUAGGUGCAAUGGUGGUGUGUCUGAACAUCAGUGAGGACAACUGCACAUGUGAGAUGCAUGGCCUCACUCUGCCAGGUCCUGGGGGAUUUAGUUCCACCACCACCAAGCCAGCAACGCCUUCAUCUAGCAGUGGAAUUGCUUCAGAGUUCAGCAGUGAACUGUCUGCUUCUGAGGUUAGCAGUGAGGUGGGCUCUACUGCUUCAGAUGAACACAACGCUGUUGGUCUUGACAGCACCUUGCUACCGCGACAAGAGCGACGCUGCAGCCUACAUCCUGUGCCCCCCUCAGGCAUCUUUCAGCGCCAGCCUUCCAGUGCCACCUUCUCGAGCAACCAGUCUGACAAUGGUCUGGAUAGCGAUGAUGAGCAGCCUGUAGAAGGUGUGAUGACAAAUGGCAGUAAAGUGGAGGUAGAGGUGGACAUACACUGCUGUAAAGGAAAGGGCCUGGAGUUUGAACCUCCUGCUGCAGAGUACAGCUCCUCUGCUCCAGGGCCAGAGGAUGACUCUGGGCUUGUCCUCAUCAUUCAGAGACAGAACAGUGUAAACAGCAACACUGUGCAGAGAGGGGUCAAGGAAAAGUGUGAACUGCAAAAAUCUUUUUCCACAUGCUGUCUCUAUGGAAAGAAGCUUUCCAAUGGCUCCAUAGUGCCCUUGGAGGAGAGCCUCAACCUCAUUGAAGUGGCCACAGAGGCACCCAAGAAGAAGACAGGCUAUUUUGCUGCUCCGUCCCAGAUGGAGCCCGAGGAUCAAUUUGUGGUGCCACCUGAUCUGGAGGAGGAAGUGAAGGAACAAAUGAAGCAGCACCAGGAGAAUGGAGCAGAUCAGGAAAAGAAAGAGGAACAUACAGCAGCUCUGCCAGAGGAGUUUGACACAGCUUUGUAACCCUACAAGUACUGCUCCCACGUUGUCUGCCCCAGGAAGCUCUGUCCUAUAAGGGCUGUCUUGCCCUCCAAGGGAUCUGGGAGCUGGGAUCUGCAAGGAGUACAGGCAUCUGCAGCUUCCUUAGUGGAGUCAAGGAAGAAUUGGGAGUGCUAAGGUCCGGGCUGUCCACUUUUCACUGUAGUCUCAGUUGUUCCGUGAGCACUCAGACCAGAAGCUGAGCUCUGUGUUAGGGACUGUCUGGAAAUUGUGCAAGCACUAGGAAGAAGGCAGUGUUCCAACACCUGCAUGUAACUCCUUGAACCCUGAGGUUCUGCAGGAAAGGGGCUGACAUAUGUGGGUGGGGGCGGUGAGGAGGCUGCCGAGGGGGCAAUGUUCAGUGUUUGGAGUCCUGUGAAUAUUUCUGAUGCAGCCCUCCCUGGGCCCCAGCACCUGCCUUUGUUAUUCCUUGAAAGAAUACAGCCAGUUGCAAUGAAGCUGACCCAAGAAUGGUUUCCUACGUUAAUUGCAAGCACUUUUAUUGAUUGCACUUAAGCUGUUCUGCUCCCCUUCAGCCCAGCACUUUAUUAUUUAGGGUUAGGGGAGAGAGCACUCCACAACAGGUGUGGUGGGGGCUUUUCCUAAUGGAUGUUAGGGCAGUAGAAGACUCAGGGUACCAGUGUUCUGAUGAGCUCUGGUGCAGGGAUCAGCCUCUGCAGGAUAAGAAAAUACACAGCUGAGUGAUAAGCAGGUGCCUACUGAUGCAUUUUACAUGGAGCAUAGGAAAGAUCAGCUCUGAACUGUUUGACUAAGGUAAUGUGUAGAGCUAGUGCCUCUAGCUACAGAGCACAGACCCAGCUCAGCAACAGCUUGGCCAACUCCAUCAUGAAUGCUUCACAGUAGAGGCUUCCUGUAUCCAAAAGACAUGGGAUGAAACCUGGAGCUCAUGCUUGUUUCAGUGAGGUACUCAGUCUAAGAAGAAACCAGAUUGAAAGCAGUGGUAUGCCAGUCUAAGGGUAGCGAGCAGCAGGGCUGCCCUUCAUAUGCUGGGGAAGCAUUCAGUGCUCUGUUCCACCAACAAACCUCUGCACUGUUGGCUACAGCAUCUUUGCUUGCCUCUGAAAACAGGAGUCAUUCCAAACCCACAGCAACGUGCAUUUCAUGGUACAUGCCCGAUUUGGCCACAAACAAGGUGAAAGCAUACUUGUUUCUGCUUCUUAGCUUUCAAUGCAAAUGGAAAAAUAAAACUUUUUCACUGCAAAACAUCUUUAUCAGCCCUGGAAAAGAUGUUUAAAACAGUCUCACUAUGGUGAAUGGGCCCAUCAGCGCUCAGCAGAUGCACUGUGUUCCCAUUAGGAUUUUUGGUGCAGGGUGUAAGCUGGCUGCCCAUGUCAUCAUCUUGAGUGAGGGUUGUGAAAAGACCACUGCCCCUGUAGUGUGCAGAUCUGUCUUCCUUAGCUGGCAGAGGGCUGGACAGCAGCUGCCUCAGUCAUGGUGGUGCAAUAAUCCCGACUGUCAUGUGGGCUAGUGCCUUUAUUAAUUAUAUUUAGGAAGAAAACUUGAAAGUUCCUUCUCAAGAGCUCCAAGGGGCUUGAGUUGUAUAUUUUUGGAUCAAAUUCAGGCCUUGCUCAGAAGGAAAUACUGUGCAGACUACUUGUGGGAUUCUGUCAGUAUAGAUCUUUUGACAAAAUCUAACAGUUUUACUGAGAUUUCAAAGCACCUUGAAUUUCUUCUCACUAGGGAAAAAGAUGUAUUUUUACCAUACAUGAGAGUGCAACAUUUUAGGAUAUACCUUGUGCUAGUUACAAUGUAAUCAUGAAACACCCCGACUUUUUCCAAAGUUUAGUCUCACAAAUUUUGGCUGUUUAAAUGCCUGUUUCAUUUGGAAAUGGAGAUAAAAGCUAGUUCUCAGAAUCGCAGAAACAACAGCAUUUGGAUCCCUUAGGCAGAGUAACAACAGGAGAAAGGAUUCGAAAACUAAACCCCAAACCUUUCGUGUUCUCUUUGUAUAAGUAUGCAGAAAAGGCACAUCCCAAUGUAUUUGACUGUAACUUUUAAUUCUGUCACUAGUGAUUAUUUUACCAAAUGUCUGUGCCCAGCCCUACACUUUGAUACCUGACAGGGCUGCAAAGCAGCCUCUGUUCAGUAUGGGACUGAUGCAGAAAUACAUUCUUCUUUCUGAAUAAGACUGUGACAAAUCUUGCACUAGGAGAGUGGCAGAUGUUGAUGCAAAUCAGGUCUCUAUUUCUUGCACUGAUGUGGAAAAUCCAGUGUGUCCUUGGCAGUCUGAACCAGUGGCAUUGCAUGGAGAGUUGGCACUGCCACGGGGAGUUAGUCGUGAACGGCUCUACCUAGCUCAACAGGGAAGAGCUAAGUAAAAUAAAGUUCUGCAGUGGAGCAUGCAGAUUUCUGAGCUGUUCCUUUUCAUGGUAGUGGCAGAAUGGAAUGCCAGGAAUUCCUACUUAGCCUUUUUCUUCACUGCUGUUUCUGGGUUUGAAGCAGAAAGCCAGCUCCUAUUUUCUAUGGGCGUGAACUGUCGUGGCAGAACAAGGCUUGUUCUCUUACAGUAGGUAGUAGAGCCCAUGGCUUUCUCUGCUUAAGCUGCUAUUAUGAACUGUUUGUCCUACUCUGGGUAGCACAGUCUGAGUGCUUCCCUGCACCACCACCUUUUGUUCUCCUGCCUCCCUAGAGGCAGCAAGCUCUUCCUUUGUUCUCCUCACCUUACUUAUUAACACAACCUUAGAUUUCAAGCUCCCUGGGAGCACUGCUGUAGUGGAACAGGUAUGAACGGGCAAGUCUAGUGAAGGACUCAUAGUAGGGGAUAGAAACUGUUUUCCCAGUUCUCUUCCUGUUCUCCUCUAAUCUCGUCCCUGAUUGUUGUAUGUGAUUCUUGCACAGAUACAUCAUCUCCACAGAACCACAUCACUAAGAAUGUCCCAUUCAUUAACAGACUUGCUAUUCAGGAGAGGUUCCCAGCUUGGGGUCAUCAGGCUCUCUUGUCCCUGCUGAGCAAUGCCAGACCUGCCAUGCUGCAUGCGGCCACAAUCAAGUUAGGCUGGUGAGUUGGUUUGUCCAUCUCUUCGGUAAUUCUGGCUCUGCUGAUGUGCAUGCUUGCUGAGAACAGGUACUCUAAAGGCACUGACCUGUCUGCCCUGUCCUGUCCAGAAAGGCUUCUUCAAAAGGAACCCAUGAAGGUUAUAUUUAGCGAUGAGUAGUUGGGGCCCAAGUGUUAAGGAUAAGGGAUAUCCUCCAAGUUGCUCCCAGCACCAGGAACAGGCCUGGUGGAGGCAGCACCACAGAUUGCCAGGACCUGAUCAGAAUUCUCAGCUAGAUGGGAGGGUAAAAUAUUGUUCCAAGAAGGAGCAAGUAUUUCCCUUUCUUGGGGAUACGCUGCUGUGAGGCCUGAAAUCCUUCUCCCAUUACACAGGAUGUUCAGCCAUACCUACAGCCCUUGGACUUGAGUUUCUGCACUCCUUCCAGAUGGUGGUAGCUUUCAUGUCACUUGCCAAAGGCCGCCUUCAGGCAAUAGGUUCACCUCUUUGGUUUUGUGCAGUUGUUGUCUGCUGUUCCAUUGCUUUCUGAAGACUCACGUGUAUUUUUUUCCUUUUUUUCACACUUUAAAAUGUUACCUUUUUUUUGACACAUACAACCCAGCAUGUUAAAGAAAUAUUGCAGCGCACUGUUUAUUAAUCUUUUUUUCAUAUUUUGUUUUAAAAAGGGGAAUAUCUUCUGUAUUCCACUCCAGCAUGCAUCUAUAAUAAUCCCCAUUUUUAUUGUGUAUGGGAGUAGGCUGUCCAAUGAAUGCGCCUUCAGCACUGUGGCCUAUGUUUGUAUUGCUUUGGAGGGGCAAAUAAGAUUGCUGGAAAACACUAUUCCAUUGAUUCUUUAUUCACGUGUAUAGAGCAGUCCAGGAAGGAAGAGUAUUUUUGCAUCAACUUUUCAGCUGACUUAGCAAUAAAGAUUUUUACUUUCAUCUAACAAUAUAUUCUGAUUCCGUUACUGUGCUGGAGGGAAUUUGUACAAUAUCCUAGUCAAACGUAGCUAUGGCUAGCAGUAGCUGUGCUGUAGGAUCACCUUUGUUGAGCUCUGCGUGCUGCUUCACUUACCCGCCUUCCGUACAAAAGCUACUUGCAGAACACCGUGAGGGUGGAAUUCAUAAUACCAAUUAUUAGGCAGCUUUCUGCAUCCUGCCAGAGGAAUCCUGUGGUGUGAACUUGCUCUAAAUAGUACAGUACAGCUCUCUAGAAGUAGCUGCAGCAAGCAGCAAAUACAGAAUCACUGGAAGAAACAGGACCGCAGUGGACUGUCCACAUGAAUUCCUGCACUGAAACACUCAGUGCACCUAGCUCCUAAAAGGGAGGAGAAAUGAAACCCCAGAGCACCUGGUGUGUUCCUACUUAGCAUGUUUUACUUUUGUAUCUCUAGUUCCAGCAAUGUUCAUGGGUUUGGUAAUUGUGAGGAUUUUGUCAGUGGUGCUACUGAAACUGGAGAUAUAUCCAAGACAAAGCAUGUUUCUGGUAUGUUUAGUUUGGGGUUUUGGGUUUUGUUUUUUUUUUAGUAUGGAUAGAACUGGUCUGAGACCAGUGGUGGUUCCAUCUUCAUAUGGACAACACACAUAGUGGGCACUGCUCUGAAGUGACAUUUCAUUCUGAGGCACGAUUGCGUGAUUCUAGUGCUAUUUUUCUUUUCCCUGUUACUUUUUUACAGGAAACUUAACCUUUUUUU